CCAUUUUAUGCAUAAUUAUAUUAUUAUACAUUUAUACCUACGUCAUACGUGCCAAUUAAAAUAUUAUGUACAAUAUCAUAUUUUUAAUCCAUGAUAAUCUAACACGUACUUAUAUAUACUAGAUAAUACUCAUAAUUAAUUUAAUUUCAGCCAUUACUCAUUGAUAGGUACUCCGUACGUCAGGGUCAGCGACCGUGUUAAGUUUGUCGCGUUACUCUGCUCGCGAGGACAGCCAAGGCAUGCAGAAUUAGGCGGUCUGCAAAUACGGUAUUUGCUGGAGGAGCCGGUCGGAUAACCCAAUUUCAGAGUCCAAUCAUUAGGCCGCCGUGAAACGGAUCAUCCAACACAUUACAUCUCGUGUCUGUAAAACAAUGCGUAACUUUAUCUAUUUGCUGSCAAUAAACAAUGCAUAACUAACUCGUAUAUUGAUUUUAUAGAGGAAACAAGUUGGUCGUAAAGAUCAGAAGCCAAUAUACUUCUGGUUUAUGAUUGUUAUCACACGGCAUUCACACGCGUCCCACCUUUUACUACAYUGUGCGUUGUAUGUUGUGAUAGACAAACAAAUUAUUUUAUWACAGUAUAUUAUUGGCUUCUCGAUCGUUCGAAAUGUCUACUAUUCCUCACUUGUCCAUUUUUGUUGAAGACGACGAUAUCGAGAACGGAUCUCGAGUCAUACUAAAACUAAUACGACCAGACUGCGAUUUGAAAAAAAUCCGAUACAAGUUGUUCACAGAUGGUAUUACCAACAAGUUGGUCGGUUUGUUCGAUGACUCGCGUCCGGAAGAUGACGGUGUGCUGGUUCGCAUUUACGGCAAAAAUACGGAACAGAUCAUUGACAGGAAAGCAGAAGUAGAAAACUUUAAGUUUUUGUACCAUGUUGGAGUCGCGCCGAAUUUGUACGCAACGUUCGAUAAUGGUAUGGUGUACAAAUACAUUAUAGGCGAAACGUUGACAACUACCACAUGCCGGGACCCGAACAUUUACAGGCAAGUAGCCAAAACGAUGGCGAGAUUUCACCGGUUAACUACAAGUGGCAAAACGACGAGCGACGAAACUAUCAAAUCCGGACUUUGGAGUAAAAUGGAACAGUUCGCCAAUCUCAUCCCGGAACGUUUUAGCUCUCCUUCCACCGACAACCGGUCAGUGCAUAAACUAUGUGUGCAAGAACCGGACUUUUCAUUGUAUCCAAAUGCGGAUUUGCAAAUGGACUGGCUGAGGUCGUACUUGGAAGAAUACAUCGGUGAAUCGUUGGACCAAAACGAUCAAAGGGUGACCGUGCUUAAGGAACAAGUGAACAUGUUUKUAAUUGCGUCACAUUUGUUGUGGAUCUUCUGGUCAAUUGUACAAGCCGAAAUAUCUGUGAUCGAUUUCGAUUAUUUAAAGUAUGCAGAAAUGAGAUUAGAACUAUACACGAAAGCGAAAAAUUCACUCAUCUGCAAAUGAACCCUUUGUGACAUUCCAUUAAUUUAAAAUACUUUCAAUUACKYGUUUCCAUGUUACCAAUAUGAGAAAAGGAAAUGCUAUAUAAUAUAUAGUCUCGCGCUUCAUCAAUAAAUAUUAAAUCAUUGACAUUAAUUAUUAUUUAAAUGCAACACCGCCGCUGUAUAGUAGAUGAUAAACGUCAUUAACCUGCAGCAGCAGCACCGUCGCCAAAUUUCAUCGUAAUCACAAUAUCAUAUUAUAAUUAUAGUACAAAGAGCUUUCAGCUUUGUUGAAACAUAGCACUUGCUUUUGCUUUGAAAUAAAAUGAUCAACAUUUUUUCGUAAUAAACAGUAAAAUAAUAAAUACAUAUACCGAUA